UCUCUCUUCCUGAUAAUGUAAUCAACCGCGCGCGCGCGUCAGGUGUCCGUGGCUCUAUAAAAGCCUCAGAUCCGCGAGGAGAGGAAGAAGAAUCCACGGAGACACCAGUCCAGCUGACGAUGGCCAGAAUCCUGAGGUCGUGGGCGAUGCUCGCCGCGCUCGUGCUCUGCCUGCUCGUGUGUCUGAGCAGCCUGGCGGACGCCUACCCGCCCAAACCGGAGAGUCCCGGGAGCAACGCGUCACCGAAGGACUGGGAGAACUACCAGGCGGCGGUCCGGCAUUAUGUCAACCUCAUCACCAGGCAGAGGUACGGGAAGAGAUCCUCCCCUGAGCAGGCCGCGGCUUGGCUGCUGUUUGGGGCGGAUUCAAGUCAAGAUGCUGAGCCCCGGUCUGACUACGUUGAACCGUGGUAAAUGAGCUCAACUCUACCCUGCACUACUGGACAAGUCCUCUAGAUUUGAUUAUUUAAUGAGCAUGCAAAUUUCUUUCUCUCUCAUCCUGUUUGUCUGCUGCUGUCAGUAAAUGUUUGUCCUUUUCUCAAAAUUUGUAAAUAAAUUCUUGUAUGUAAAAUAAUCUCUUUACAAUAAAGAUUUAAGUGGA